ACGCUUUCAGUAUCCUAACCUAAGCUGACUAAAGAAAUUGAUGUCUCGCACGAGUUCGAUAACAUUAACUCGGCGAUCUUGUGAUUCCUGGAUACGUUUCAUCGAUUCGACAUCCCGAUGAGUCUAAGACGAUGGAUCUGCGAUGUCAUCGUUCAGCGGAACGUGCGAUUUCAAGGCGCCGUCGUCAGUCGUUUCCUCGCCACGGAGGCGAAGGACGAGAUCGUCGAUAUAACUACCGCUGACGAGCAGCCAAUAUACUCGAACGAGCUCCAGUACGAGGAGCUCGCCAAGAAGCGAAACAAGUCUCGGUUGAAUCUGCACGAUAGGAAUAUACUUAUGGGCAAGCCUCCCUACGAGCAGCCUAUGCAAUGGUAUCAUAAUACAACAAGAUACAAGAAGCGCAUGCUAGGUAGAUAUGGAUUCGAGGGCAACAAGGAACCAGCAGGGUUUGCGUGGCCUACACCAAAAGAGGUCAAGAUCCUUCAGGAGUACGAGAGAGUCGCCUUCCCAUUAUCCCUCCAAGAGAGAUGGAAGAAGCUGGAGGAAGAAAAACGGAUAAAGGCUGAGAAAGUUAAAGCAAGGGAAGCUGAAAUAGCCGAAAAAUUAUCGAAGGUGGACCAAUGGACUGCCGAGUUGAACGCAAGGGUCGCUAAGAAGAAAACCGAAUUGGAGGCUGCCAGGUUGCAUAAGGAGCGUAUGGUGGAGGAGAUCAGGAAACAUUUUGGCUUCAAGAUCUCGCCUAGUGACGAGAGAUUUAAGACGAUGAUGGAACAAAAAGAGAAGGAGGAAAGGAAGAAAAAGAAGGAAGCUAAGAAGAAGGCGAAGGAGGAAAAAUUAAAGACCAUGAUCCAAAAAAAAAAUCAAGACCAAGAAACCGAUUUAACGAAACCUGUAGAAUAGUUACGUUUUCUUUCACAAAGUAUAAUAUAAAACGUUUUAAUUGUAUAGCUAAUAAAUUUAUAAUUCAUUAGAGU